CUCCAGUCAGGCCGCUGGGCCAGUGAAUCUCCAGAGUCCAGCCAGGCCAGUAAAUCUCCAGUCAGGCCAGGGAAACUCCAGCCAGGUGCCAACCACGCCAAAUACUACCACCAGGGGUGGUUGUUGUUGGGAGUUUAACACCAGUCCAAUAUAAAAAGCCCUUUAUACUCUUCAGGUAUAGCGGUUUCGAGCUUUGUAGGUUUGUCCCUCUCUCCUCCCCGUACUAGCAUCUACCGCUUCCGCCCGACCUGCUGCAGCCACAUCACUGGCAACAUGGCGUUCACCCUGUACUCACUGCUGCAGGCCGCUCUGCUCUGUGUCAAUGCCGUGGCCGUGCUGCACGAAGAGCGGUUCCUCAUUGGUUGGGGAGCAGACCAGGGUAUUGGAGGAUUUGGAGAGGAACCCGGAAUGAAGUCACAGCUCAUGAACCUUGUGCGAUCAGUACGGACAGUGAUGAGAGUGCCGCUGAUUAUAGUGAACUCUGUAACGAUUGUGCUGCUCUUGCUGUUUGGAUAAAGACCAGAGGGAAGAUUCCAACCUAUCAGAAACCGGAUUUCUGCACCUCAAGGAGCAAUAAAGCAUCAUUUGGACAGUUCUCUGCGGCAAGCAAUUAAUUUUUUUGUAAAAAAAACGUUUAUUUUAUUUUAUGGUUGACUUUGAUAAUGGAUAUUCUCCAGUCCUGGUACAGUCGCUGCGCCUGUGAUCUCCCAUUAAAUAACAUAUCUGCUGACGGUUUUCACUGUUAUAAUAAAUCCUUUUAAAAUA